AUGGAAAGAACUGAAACGAAAACAUGCUCCGGCCGCACCAACGAUCCUUUCAUCCCGCCAGUCGAUCUCAUCCAUUAUGCUUCCUCGCCACUCGGCGCUGGGCUGGGUAUAAACGUUCAUGAGUUGAAAGAGGAGAUUGUUCUCAUCACUCACCCGCAGCGAACAGUACAGAAUACUAUGGAUUCAACCCCCUUCCACUCCGCCAGCACGGUCAUCAGUCCAGCUUCUGGAUUCGGUACGGCUCUAGACAGUCAUAACGGACUGCAUGAAGACGCAUGCAAUUCAAAGGGCACGAAAAGAGAAGGCCCAGAGGGAGAUAUAUCUGAUGGGUCGUCCGUAUCUGUGUCCAGUCAAUUGUCCGACGGACCCACUGGGGAAGAUCGUCCGCAGAUUUCGCAUGCUUCACAGGAGGAUCCAACGUUGUUCAAGUCAGAGGGUGACAAGCGGUCAGCACCAGAGAAGAUUCAUGCUUCCACGACCAUAAGCAGUUUCGAGCGAUAUGAGAGCACCCGAGACCAGGUGAGCCGUGAACCUGUUGUUCAGCGGAGAUCUUCUUCUCCAGACAACUCAGGAACAUAUCGAUUCAACUUAGGAUCCGGCUGUCUGGUAGUCUUGGGGGAUGGAACGGAAUUGAACAUUAACACCCCCUCGUCACAAGCUCGACCCGUACUAGCUCCCAGUAGGAUCUCACAAAGGCGGGGUGAUCGGCGCCGAAAGACAUUGGCAAGAAUGUCAAAACAGUGGAUGGAUCCGUCCGAAAACGUUGUAGAAUCUGACAUCGGGCCCCACCGCACUGAUAAGCCUGACCGUUGGCACCGUUAUCAACAAUCACCAAGAUUGGCUCGGAGACCAGCAAGGGAUAGGCUAACUGGGUCUCCCACCAAUGUGAAGGCGUGUCCGGGUGAUUCUGAUUGUGUCUCUGACCCCACUUUGCUUCAAGGAGUAUGUUCUCUCACAUUCCCCUCACCAUCUGUAUUGGCCAGCAACUACAAUCUAGAGCCUGUUGAAGAUCACCAGAAUACUCCAGCAAACUUUCCUGAUACUCAUGUUUCUCAUCCGGAAAUUACAUUGAAUGGUCAAUCAAUGUGUGCUUCGGUCAAAGGUGAUGGGACUGAUAUGAGAAGCUCAUCCAGCAUUCCAAAAAGUUUUACCGCCAUGGGGGAAGAUAAUCUGAGGAUACUUGCAGAAGAAAGUAGACAGCGGAUGGAGUGGUUUGCACUUCUGUAUCACCGUAAUCUGAACGGAUUUAUGGAGGGUGAAUCUUCCCGUCGUCUUGCCGGCUCUCCGUGGACUUCAACAACAGAGUUUGAUGUACCCCCCGAAUUGCGGUCCUCAUCAGGCUUCAACAGGAGAGUCAAAAGUGAAGAAUUGUCAGAAGGUGGGACAGACGGGUCAGAAGGGUUGGAGUUGUAUCUAGGCUCUAGACCCUAUUGUAAUGCUCGACCGAGACCUACUGGGGACCCUCAUGGAUAG